GCCCACUCUGGGGCGGAGCGCGCGCGGCGCCGCUGGGUCUCGCGCCGCGGGGCGCGCGCGGGCGUGGGUGCUCCUUGCAGCGGGGUGCGCUUUGCAGCGGGGUGCUCCUUUCAGCGGGCGAUCCCUGUGGCUGUAGGGAAAGCUCAGGGAUCACAGCAGUCCCGUGAACAGCUGAGAGACCCCUGCUACCGAGACGUCUCAGCUCGGGUCUCAGAGAUCCCACCGCUGGAAGGGCCGGACUGGCACAGACCUGCCAGCUUCAUUUUUGGCAUCCCAUUGCCAGUGUGUAAGACAAGGCCGCCUCGCAGAUUCUCCAGCUGCACAGCCAGGCCGCCGACCUCAGGGGGCUGCUGGGGCCAAGGGGAGACCUGGAUGCGUGAUGCUCUCCUAGCAGCCGUGGUGGAGGGACAAGGACUUCAGCUCAGGACACCCAGCUGUGACUCUCCCGUGCCUGUAGCUGAUAACAGCCAUGUCAGCCCAAAAGGACAGAUGGGUUUUUUCCUUCUUUUUCCUGCUCUUCUGUGCUUCCUCCAUCCGGAUGCAGGGAAGUGCAAGGCUGCUGCAGGAGCUGAGCCCCCAGGAGUAUUUCAGUAGCUUGCAAGCCGGCAGAGCAUCCCUGGCUUAUUUCAGCCACAAUGUUUCUCCUGGUGCCCAGCCCUUCUUGGAGCAGAUCGAGAACUCAGCUGAGGCCCUCCAGGACUAUGGCAUUUCGGUGGUGAAGGUUAAUUGUCCCAAAGAGGAUGUCUCAAGAUAUUGUGGAGAAGAAAACGCAUUAAGGAAAGCCUACCUGUUCAGAGGUAACAUGCUGAUCAGAGAGUUCCCCACCGACGCCUUGUUUGACGUGGACUCCAUUGUUGCUAACGUUUUGUUUGCCCUCCUCUUUAAUGAAGUUAAAUACGUUGAAACACUGGCAGAUCUUCAGAACAUUGAAAACGCGUUGAAAGGGAGGUCAAACAUGGUCUUUGCCUACGUACCAGCUACCGGCACAGCAGAGCACAGAGCUGUGAUGGAGGCAGCUUUUGUCUAUGGGACUGUCCACCAGUUUGUUCUGACAACUGAAGCAACGCUGUUGAAAGACACUGGCAAUGAUGAGUCUGAUGUGUCGUCUGCUCGGCUCUUGUUCUGCCACUGCCAGCAGGCCACGGACUUGGCGCAGCCCUGCAGGAGGACGGCCAUGGGGCAGACUCUGACGAUGCUCAACAUACACAGGCACCUCAAACUCAUGGGGGCUCCUCUGGUGACAGAGGUUGCUGAGGACCCAGAGAAGGUUUCCACCGUUCACUUACAGCUUGGGCUACCACUUGUGUUCAUCCUCAGCCAGAAAGAGACCUACGAGGCUGACAGGAGGACAGCAGAGUUUGUGGCCUGGCAGCUCUUGGGGAAAGCGGGAGUUGCUCUUUUGUCCAGGGACCUCGUAGAUUUGAAUAUUCUGCUCCGGUCAAACGUCGCUCUCAAGACACCAGAUGAGGGAGAGCCAGUCAAAUACCUGGUCUUGGAAGACACUGAUGAAGUUAUAACCCUGGUGGAAGAUAAGAACAAGGUUGAACAAAUCCAGGAGGAUGAAGAGGAGAUUGAGGAAGAUGAGGAUGAAAAAGAGAAUAACAAUCAAGACGUUCAGGAUGAUCAGGUGGUGGAAGCAGUUUCCAGGGACAAGAAGCGAGAGCUGCCCCUGGAGCAGAUCCUUGUCCUGACAGAGGAGACCUUCCACUCUGCCCUCUUGGAGACUGCCCGGACAGUGGUGCUGUUUUAUGCCAGCUGGGAGGCAGUGUCCCUGGCAGUGCUGCGGUCUUACACCGAGGUGGCCGAUCACCUGAAAGGAACUCGGGGGAUUCUGCUCUCUCGGGUAAACUGCUGGGACUGGCCUGGCGUUUGCACAAAGGAGAAUGUCACUCAGUUUCCUACCAUGAAGAUUUAUGAGAAGGGAGGGCGAUCAGUGAUGUACAGCGGCAUGUGGGGAACCGAAGAACUGACCAGUUUCAUCAUGCUGAACCGAGUUUCCUGCCCUCUGAGGCUGGCCACGAUUGAUGAAGCAGAAGGAUAUUUAAGAGGAGAGUUUCCACCUGAGCUGUCAUCCUAUCACCACACUUCGCUUCUAGGAGUAUUUAGCACAGCCACGAGUGAAGCCAGGGAAGCUUUCGAAGAGGCAGGAAACCUCUUAAGUGGCCAUGUAAUGAUGGGGAUGUAUUUUGAAGAUGAUGCCUUGGCUUUAUCCCGUAAAUACGCAGUGUCUCCCCCAGCCCUCCUCCUUGCCAGGAGCAGAGGUCAGAGCGUGGAAGGCAUCGCUUUGUCCAAAGAGAGCGUGCAGGACAUGGUGCAGAUGAUCAGAUAUGAAUUGCUGGACGUUUUUCCAGAAAUCACCGUGCAAAAUCUGCCCCGCUACUUGCAACUCAGAAAGCCCUUCCUCAUCUUCUUCAGCGAUGGUGACCUCGGUCAAAUGGAAAGCAAGGAAAUGCUGAAGCUGGCAAAAGAAAGACCCCAGCAAGCAUUUGUGGCUUGCUGGUUGAACUUAAAGAAGACUAUCUGUUUGCCAGUAAUGCACAAGAAACGAGAGCCCCUGGAACUUCCCCACCUACACAUCUGCCUUUGUUCUCCCUUCCUGAGAAAGAAAGAGCUGUCCUUUGACAGAGCACAAAGGAAGAAGACUCCAGUAGGACGCGGUGUUCUGAAGGCGUACUUUGCCACCAUGCCUUCGCUGCCUGUUCUCAUCUGGGUGAACCUUCAUGCCGGGGGUCACGUAUUCAAGUUCCCAUCAGAGCUGUCCAUCACUGAAAUGAACAUCUUGUCUUGGCUGGAGAAGCUAAAAGCAGGACUGGAGAUUCCCAGCAGUACCUUGUCUGAGGAAGACUGGAAACCACCUCUCCCUGCUUAUGACUUCCUCCAGAUGAUGGAGAUGGCCGUGCCGGAGACCCCCCUCCGCACAUCCCACCGCCACAGGGACGUGCCACAGCAGUACCCACCUGAAAGCUCAGGAGGGGACACUGGUGUCCAGGAGGAGUCGCCCCAGGACAGCAAGGCAGAGAAAGUUGGGUCCCCUGGGAGGGACCUGCGGGGGACAGCCCCGAGGCUGGCGGCGAGGGAGAAGCAGGGCAAGAGACACAGUGAGCUCUGAGGGCUGGGCAUCCCCCUGCCCGGGGCAGUUAAAGAUGUGGAAUGGUGGCCAGAAAACCCUCUCACUUUCCCAGCCCUCCAUGAGCCUUUACACCAAGGAGAGAGGUGCUUUUAGCUGUAAAUUAAUGGUAAAGGGAUAAACCAGCCUCUAAGUCUCAGUGCAAGUUUCCUGCUGCAGUGUGUAGGUCGUUCUGCAGUGACUGUGGUUUCUGAUGCCAGAAAUGUGUCUGUACCCACCGCACCUUGGCACUCCCAUUGUUGGGAUUGCAUUUCACAGCAGGCGGUGAGAGCAGAUCUGCAGGGAGGUUGCUGCGAGGGACCUCAGCCCGCCCCGUAGCUGGAGGAGAGAUGGGGUGAGCUCACCACACGGUGGAGGCUCGCCCGCGUGACAAACUACACUGGAAAAGUCGAAUCAGCACAGCCCUGCUCUGUGGUUUCUGUAUGUCUCACAUAGGUGCUUCGGUUGACCCCAACCAGGAAGGGGUGAGUGAUUCCAGGAUAAACUGCACAUUUCCCUGCCCACCCCCCACUGCAGUAGCGGCUCUACUGAUGGGUGUCAGCAAGAUCUGCUCUCAAAAAGCAAUUACAUCUGCACUGUAACCAUGUGGAGCUGGGAGGGCAAGCGUGCCACCCACACCAGGGCUGCUUAAACUGGCACCCGCUUGCGUUUACACUUGACUUCUGAACUGAAUUCAUGAGCAUGUUCAUCUUUGGGGGUAACAGGAGUAUUUGGUUAAAGCAGUUUUACUACAAAGGCCAGAGCUCAGGUCAUCACAACAGUUGUGAAGAGCCGGGACAAAACACUGCCAGUAAAUCCCGAGGGCAGGCAGGCUGGGAGGUGGUUUUGCUCAAUGCAGGCAUUUUCAUGGUUACAAGCCCAGGGGGGAGUUACUUGCAGCCUUGAUUUUUGUUUGCUCCAGUGACAGCAGCAAGAUUGGUGCUUUCUGAGCUGGGGACGGUGCGGGGAGUGAGGUCUGCAGAAAGACCGGUGCAUCGGAAACGAGGGGAAGGAGGUGAAGGACAAGGCUGGCAGUGCUGGGGACAGGCUAUGCCUAUGUGGGAUGGAGCUGCUUCACAUCUGUAUCUCGAUGGGGAGACGCGGGGCCUGGGGAAGUGGCUUUCCAGCCUGCUCAUCUCCUAGGGACAGCAAAAGGUCUGUCGUUCCUUGCUGGAGGAGCUGAGCCUGCAGAACAGCGUGGGCUGUGGGCUGGGGAGAGGUGUGUGUUUGGAGGGAAGCUUUGUCUAAUCCCACGUAUGCCAUGAUGAUCUUCCCACCCCCCUUCAAUACGGGGGUCUUAUUGACCAUCUGCUCCUUUCCAUAGCACCACUGAGAUGUGCCAGGAGGGCCAGAUCCUCCUCCUCACAUCUCUGAAGUUACUGGGGAGGGGAAGAAGGAUGGUAAGAAACCACUGAGAGCAUUGUGAAGUCUGUAUUUCUCAUCCUGCAAGCAGCCCACAUGGUUGGGAGUUUUUUGAAAUGCCCAGAAAUAGACCAUUAGUCCUGGGCUCUCCUUGAAGCCCUUAAUUGAAACAGACUAUUUUUGGACUUAAUGACAGGCUUAGAGCCAAAAUGUAUGUAUUUAAAGUAAUAAAUUGUAGCAUGCAUAUCAGAGCCUGCCACGCAGCUGAGUAUUCCCAAGGGAAGGAGUAGGUCAGGGCGCGAACAGAUCCCCCGUGAGUUCCCGUCAUUCCUCUGCUGUAUAAGGUUACACUGCGCUCUACGAGCUGUACGUCAGUCGUUUCUCGUCCUGUCCCCAAUGACACCACUGCUGCAUCACUUUCCCACUUGGUGCAGGUGAAGUGCGUUAUUUGGGCUUCUCACUAAUGUCUUAAAUAAAUUCUAUCUCAAGGA